AUGGACAAACUCAAGCGGCGCGUGCACUUGACGGUCGAAGACGCCAAAGGUGCGGCGCGCGAUGCGUUGCGGCGCCGCUUCCGCAGCCAUCAGACACGUGCCGCCCACCAGUUCCAAGCGAACGUCAAACUACUGCAACGCGUGGCCAGCGACAGUGCUAGUGACUUGACGCGUCGUGUGCAGAAAACGGCAGUGGAGGCCACUGGCGCUGCUCACGAUCGCGUCCGCUCUUCCGUCUCGGAGAGCACUGCAAAGCUGAAGCGCAUGUCGUCGUCAGUGGUGGAGGUCGUGGACGCCCGUGCGAGGGCUCGUCGCGUCCGGAACAAGCUCGUGCUGUUCGGUUGUGUCGGCAUUUUCCUCUACGGCUUUGGCUCGGCUUUGCCUCAUGCUGCAGCGAAGUACGCGCUAGAACGGGCGAAGAUCGAGGGAGAGAGCACAGAGACGGACGUUGCUGCUGCGAAUACGUGA